GGAACACUUGAGAGAAGGAAGUUGUUGGAAUAGACAAAAUGUAUAGUACAGCAGCUGCGCAAGCAGCAGCCCCAACAGCAGCACCACAGGUGGCAGAUCAAGUUACACCACCAGUGCAAGAAGUACACCCUGCAGAUGCAAGUGGAGCCAGCUCGAAGAAUAAGGCUUUGAAUGAUAGACAGAUUUACCAAUGGAUAUCCGAAUUGGUAUCAGGUACCAAUCGAGAACGAGCAUUAUUAGAAUUGGGUAAGAAAAGAGAACAAUACGAUGAUUUAGCUUUAGUUUUAUGGAAUUCAUUUGGGGUAAUGACUGUUUUAUUGGAAGAGAUAAUUUCUGUUUAUCCAUUUUUAAAUCCUCCAGUUUUAACCGCAUCAGUUUCAAAUAGAGUAUGUAAUGCAUUAGCUUUACUUCAAUGUGUUGCGUCAAAUGUUCAAACCAGAGGUUGGUUCUUAAGUGCCAACUUACCAUUAUAUUUAUAUCCCUUUUUAUCAACUAAUGCAAGGCAAAGAUCUUUUGAAUAUUUGAGACUUACUAGUUUAGGAGUUAUUGGAGCUUUAGUUAAAAAUGAUACUCCUGAGGUUAUUAAUUUCUUAUUAACAACUGAAAUUGUUCCAUUAUGUUUAAAUAUUAUGGAAAUAUCAUCUGAGUUAUCUAAAACCGUGGCCAUCUUUAUUUUACAAAAAAUUUUAUUGGAUGAUCAAGGUUUAUCAUAUAUAUGUACUACUUAUGAAAGAUUCCAUACCGUGGCUUCAGUUUUAUCUAAAAUGAUUGAACAAUUAAGUACUACCACUCAAGCUUCCCAACAACAACCUUCUAAUAGCUCUUGCAGAUUAUUAAAACAUGUGGUUAGAUGUUAUAUGAGAUUAUCUGAUAAUUUAGAAGCUAGAAAAGCUUUGGCCAACAUUUUACCUGAACCAUUAAGAGAUGGCACUUUCUCUCUCAUCUUACAAGAUGAUAUCGCCACCAAAAGAUGUUUGGCCCAACUCUUAUCCAAUAUCAACGAUCAGCAAUGAUCCAAUAUCGACCAAUGAUCCAAUAUCAAUGAUUAACAAUGAAUUUCCAUGUCUUCAGCUUCUUUUUAAAUAAAAUUCUUGUAUAGUAUAGUAUAGAACUUAAAACUCUCUCAAUGUAUAUUAAGCUUUUCUCUCC